AUGAAUAAUCUAUUCUUUCUCUUUUUAUUCAUUUUUAUCAACUCGUUGGAUUCGAAGAUUUGUGAGGACAUCACGACUACAGUAACCCCAGGGAGUACUGUACCAACUACAGUGACUACAAAAACUACAACUUUUGAUCUACUUGAAGCAACUCAAGACGGGCCUGGACAAGAGGAGCAUACACCACCACAAACUACAAAAACUACAACUUCUCGGGUUACUGUACCUACAGUAACCAUCAAAGUACCGACCGGAGUCAACGGGAAUAAGGGAGAGAUAUAUUUUGCGGGAGAAACUAUUACAUAUUCUCCUUCGCUCGUACAGAAGUCAAGACGCGUCAAAAAAUCGGAAAAAUCAAUCGAUAAUGGGAAUUCCAGAAGAAAAUUCGAGCAACCAGAGUCGAAAUUUUUCAAGAAGUAUAAUAUUCUAUAA